AUCUUUUCAUUUCCUAACCCCCUCAUUAUAUAAAAUAAUACAUCCUAAUUGUUCAAAGACAAUCUAAUAUCUCUUAAUCUGAUAUCUGUUUUGUAAAUAAUCAAUCCAUUUUUUCCAUUCAAUUAAAUAUCUUUCCUGCGUAUUGUCUUUCAAAAAGGCUGAAAUUUUAGCCAUCUCAGCCAAGUUAGUAACUUUCAAUAUCCAUUCUUCUAUUGUAGGUAACUCUUUUUUCUUCCAAUAUUGUACAAUCAACAGCCUUGCUGCUGUUAUUAAGUUCAAGAUCAAUUUAGUCUCCGUCACUUGACAAUCCGUUAUAAUUCCCAAAAGGAAAAAUUGCGGCAGGAACUUUAUCUUCUUCUUCAGGAUAUUUUGAAUAAUCCACCAGAUUCUUAUCCAAAAGGCCUUGAUUUUCUUACCAGUCCACCAAAUAUGAAAAUAUGUAGCAUCAUCACAGUCACAUCUCCAACAUUUCGCUUGGAUAUCAGGAUACAUACAUGAUAAUUUUUUUCGAUCUAAGUGCCAUCUAUAAAACAUCUUAUAAAAAAUUUCCCUUAGAUUCUGUGCUUAUGUAAACUUAACAUUUCUAACCCAGAUAGAAUGUCUAUUUUCUUGAGCAAUUAUCCCAAGGUAAUGUCUCCAGUUAUUGCUCCAGCAAUUGCACGUCCAUAGGUAGACAAUGCAGAAAGUUGAGUGUCCACGAUGACUUCAUCAGAACAUGCUGUUCCUAAGGCUGCACGCUUCCUGCGAGAUGAUAAUCGACCAGGAACACCUAUUUGUACUGGAGAGUCUUGUGUCCUUCGAGGAGGUGGCUGUGUAUUUCUCUGAGGAGGAAUGGUCUCAGCUGGAUCCUGCCCAGAAAGCGCUGCAUUUGGAAGUCAUGCUUGAAAACCAUCGGAACGUGGUCUCUCUGGGUAAUAAUAGUCAGAAGAAUCAAGAUUCCUGUGAAUUAUUCCAAGUGAUCAAUGCUAAAGAUGGAACAGAGAAGUUUGGAAUUCGAAUGGAAUUAGAAACCCAUGAUAGAAACCAGUCAAAUGAUAGGAAUCAGGAAAGCUCAUCUUCCGCUAAUGCUCCGAUACAAAACUUUCAUACCGAACAGGAGAAAAUAAGGAAAAAAUAUAUUGGGAAAAGUUUGAAGCCAAUCAAAGCUAAAUUACUAGUAAAAGAACACUAUUUAAGCCAAAAUGAAGGAGAAGAUGAUAUAAGAAGACACAACGGAAAAAGUUACAAUGUGACAUUCAUGCCUUCUCUUGGAAAUAAGUUCCUUACACCUCAAAAAAUGAUUGACGUAAAAGAGAAGCCUUAUCAAUGUUUGGAAUGUGGAACAUGUUUUAGAACAAGCAGGCAACUUACUUCCCAUGAAAGGAUUCACACUGGGGAGAAGCUAUACAAAUGCAGAGAGCCUGGUAACAGGUUCAGAAGACAUAGUAAUCUUAUUUCCCACAAAAUGAUCCACACAGGGAAAAAACCAUUUAAAUGCAUGGAUUGUGGAAAGACCUUUGCUCGAAGAGGUCAUCUUAUUUCCCAUAAGAGGAUCCACACAGGGGAGAAGCCGUAUAAAUGCAUGGAGUGUGGAAAGACCUUUGCUCAUAGAGGUAAUCUUAUUCGCCAUAAGAGGAUCCACACAGGGGAGAAGCCGUAUAAAUGCAUGGAGUGUGGAAAGACCUUUGCUCAUAGAGGUAAUCUUAUUCGCCAUAAGACGAUCCACACAAGGGAGAAGCUGUAUAAAUGCAUGGAGUGUGGAAAGACCUUUUGGACUCAGUAA